AUGAACAUCCUGGCACCGAGAGGUAACAUUAUUGCACUAUUGGGUCUCCCACGCGGCAGCGUUAUUAGUUUGGAUGGGCAAACGGUAGCUUUGAAACGGGAUGACUUUGUAGGCUUUUCGAACGUCCCCGCAAGUGACAGUUGUCAUUUUGUAACGAUAAGGGCGACUUCGAAAACUAGCACCACGAGCGAUUUCCCAGCGCAAUUGGCAGCAGCAGUGACGGUUGCCUACAUGACCUGGGACAAUGACUUGAUUCGCAAAUUCGAUCCGCAAACAGAAGAAAUGUCCAGUGUACCUGCCGACACUUGCACAACCGACAAUCUACUGCACAGAAUUGAAACACGGCACAUCGAUGGACAAAGUUUAAUUUCUUACCCACAGCUAUUAAACGACGAAAAGGAGAAGGACUGGGUAUUGCUAACAAAUCACGUCUCGAAACGACUGCUACAAAAACGCCACAUAGGAACAAAUGAUAAAAUUGUUCCAGGAUUGUGGGAUGAGCAGGAAAACGAAGCAAUCGACGGUACACCGAUCCACUACCCCAUCAUUCCAAUCUUAGCCCCACAUGCAUCAAGGCAUGCAGCUACAAAACGAUACUUGGCAAACUUGUCUCCCUCCGCUCGGACAAAAUUAUAUACCCACGAAUCACCUUCCGAUUCCAUUUUUGAGCGAGUGUUGCUUGAAAAGUAUGACAAUGACAGCGGGCUACUCUUGGGCGAUAUACAAUUGGCAUAUGUAGUAUUUUUGCACUUGCACUGCUUCGUCUCUUUUGAACACUGGCGGGACAUGAUCGUCAUGCUAAGCUUGCUAUCUGAAAAGGUUUUUGCCAACGACCGCAUGAAGCGCUUUCCAAACAAGCUGAUACAAGUGCUCAAAUCACAGUUGAUGGUAAUCGGAGAAGAUUUGAUCGAGAAUUCAGACUUGUUCGACGACAAUGAUUUAUCACCUGCCAUGCAGCGUCUGAUUGCCAUCUUGAUGAAGGUUGUAAAAGAUGGUGAAGGGCAGGCUCUUUUGUCUCGACUAUGGGCCAUGCUUCGUACCCGAUUUCCGAUGUUUACAGACAACGAGUUUCAUUUAUCAAGUAAUUACAGCUCUGGAACAAACAACGAAGAGACAGAGGAAAGUGACGAGGAUAGACCAGUUCUAGUGGCCAGCGAGGAAGUGCAGGCUUCGUUGGCUCGGUCACAAGGCGCGCGGUUGUCAACAGGUAUUGCCUUUGAACCUGUUUUCAUGAAGACCGAGCUUCAGGAAGCUUAUCCACUCUUACUUGCAGCGGUCAUGCCGCACGAAGAUAUACUUAUGACGUGCGCCAGGGCGCUGGACGAAGCCACUGAUGUUUCUUUGGUUCGCGAAGCCGCAGCUUACUUGGAGCAAGUCGAGCUACAAAGACAUACUACAAGGAUCGAAUUUAUCGUUCACUGGUACCGGAACUGGACUUUGUUUUACCUUGUAUUUCUACAAGCAGCUAUGGCGCAAGUGGACUUUGUAAAGGAUGCGAAGGAAAUUCGUUCUUAUUUGAAGACAGAGGAGGACGCGUUUGUGACCGAUGGCAUACAUGGUCUUAUCCGAGGCUCCUCUUCCAUCGCACGUCUCAUCCGCAACGCGUUGCAUACAGAUGGGUACUUUGUUUUGCAUAGUAUCUUGACGACCAGAGAGUGCCAGCAAGCCGUCGAUAGGAUGUGGGACUUCGUACAUGAUACAUCGGCGGGAUCCGUGCAACGGGAGCAAGAUGAAACCUGGGCUUCGUGGCCAUGUGAUGAACCCAUCGAUCGUUGCAAUAGUGUGGAAACAUUUAAUGUAAACGGAGCUGGCUGGUUACUUGGAGAUCUCCGGGAGCAAUUGGCGGAGAGGGUUUUCGAAGAUUUGUUCGGUACUUCUGAGUUGCAUUCUUCUAAGGAAGGGUUUGUGUUUGGGCGUCCGAACCAUGUAGCCGCCGACGGCAAUUCCGACAUGUCGUUUACGCGAAACAGCGAUGUGACGAUUCGAUCUGUAGUGGCGCUUGAGGAUGCAGGUGCUGCUAAGGGUGGAUUUUCUUUCUUCCCCGCGUCAUUUCGAGCUUCAUUGGAGGAAUGCUUGGACAAAAAGCCAGAAAUAGUCAAUCUAAAAAAAGGAGAUGUGUUACUUUGGCGGUCGGAUCUCCUUCAUGCUUUGAUCCCACCUUCACAGCCCACGCUUCAAUUUCAAACAUUGGCACUCGUCAGCAUGCAACCCGCUAGCCGAACUCCCGUGUACCUGCGCAGCCUCAAAAUGGAAGCGUACAAACAACGAAGAAGUGGCAGUCAUUGUGUCCACGAAGAGAACUGGAGCCGAAAUAGUGGCAUCGGUCGCCCCUAUUUUCGCUGCAGUCCACCUCUACUAACCCGACGACAAGCGGAAUUGUACGGUCUAAUAUCAUACACAAGCUGUGACGAAGCAUGGAAAGAAGAAAAGAAGCGAGCCAUGGUAUGCGGUGUGCGUUUCCAAGAUGAAUUUGAGGCGCACACAUUUCCUACGGCUCGCCCGUGUUCGGCUGUACUUGACUAUUUGACGACAAAUAAUCCAGGCGACAUGAUGGGAAAAGACAAAUAUUUAGGUGGAGUGGCAUCGCCAUGUGGAAAAUAUGUGUAUGGCGUCCCAGGAUCGGCGCGACGCGUGUUGAGAAUUCACGUAGAAGAUGGAAAUAUGGACUGUAUCGGACCUUCAUUCGAAGGGAAAUUUAAAUGGUUACGGGGCGUCGAUGUUCCAGCGGAAUCGAUGAUGGACAAAAGGUAUCCGCAAGGAUGCUGUUUGGCUCUCCCUUGCAACCAUAGCUCCAUUUUAAAAAUCAAUCCAUCGACAGAUGAGGUUUAUUCAUUUGGCCAAGACACCAUAAAAGGCUGCGGCAGCGACGAUUGGCUCUACCAUGGUGGAAACCUGGCUUCAAAUGGUUGGAUUUAUGCGAUUCCUGCAAACGCGAAACAAGUGCUUAAAUUCCACCCGGUAACAGACAAAGUAUACUUGAUAGGGCCAAACUUUCCUGGUCGGUGCAAGUGGUUUGGUGGAAUCCUUGGUUCCGAUGGUUGCGUCUAUGGUAUCCCUCACAAUCAGACCGGCGUACUGAAAAUCGAUCCAUCAACAGAUCAAGUCGCAAUUCUCUACCAUGACAGUGGAAAGCCGCUGCCGGAUGGUCGCUGGAAAUGGCAUGGUGGUAUACGUGCUGGUGACAAGAUCUAUGGGUUUCCAAACAAUAGCGACAACAUUCUAGUCAUCAACUGUCGCCUCAAACAAGUCUACACAAUUGGGGAUAGUUCAAUUUUGAGAUCGGGUAGACAUCGAGUGAACAAUGAUAAUCGUUACAAGUACCUGGGUGGCGCUUUAACAUCAGACGGUGGGUUUGCCUACCUUUUUCCGUGUGAUGCAGAACGUGUUCUCCGAAUUAAUUGCGAUACGGAUGAUCUCGCGCUCGUGGGGCCAUUUUUGCUCGAAGGGGAAAACAAGUUCCAGAACGGCUUUGCCGCACGUGAUGGAUGUUUGUACGGUAUUCCACAGAGAAGCUCAGGUGUCUUGAAAAUAACACCGUCUUCGAAUCCCAGCGAAGAGGACCACGUUGAUAUUGUAUAUUGCGGCGAUGACAUGAUAGGUUGCAAAGAUAAGUUUGAAGGAGGAGUCCUGGGACUUGACGGGCGUUUAUACUGCAUUCCUUUGCGACAAACACAUGUCUAAGAAUCACACCUUCGUAUAGUACACCAUCCUAAAAAAAAACAAGAAUUCCAAACAGUAUUCUAAUUUG